UUCGCGGCGCGUGGAGCAACCAAUACACAAAUAAAUCUCAGCCAUAAAAUGUGGUUAAUUCUGUUCGUCUGCGGCAUGUCUCUUAGCUAUGCGUCGGAGCACACUGGCGAGGGGCACUUUGAAGGUGGAGGAGGUGGAGGUGGUACCGGCUUCGGAGAUUAUCAUCAUCAACACCAAGACACACCCACCACUUACUCGGAGACAUCGAAGCAUGUGCCCGUCCAUGUCAUUGAGAAGGUGCCAUUGCCCAUACCACAUCCCGUGGCCGUACAAGUACCCAAUGUUAUACGGCUGCAAAUACCAGAACCCUAUGCGGUUCAUGUUCCGGUGCAACAGGAAAUACAAAUUCCCGUUUAUAAAAUAGUUCCCGAAAUAACGGAACGCAAGAUACCGUACACGGUGGAAAAACCCUAUCCGGUUGAAGUCGAAAAACCGUACCCCGUCGAGGUGAUCAAGCACAUCAAGAUACCUGUGCCCAAGCCAUAUCCUGUGCCCUAUACCAUUUAUAAGCAUGUCCUGCACAAGGAGCACGGCUGGUGAGCCUUCAGAGGUCGCUAACAAAGUUCUAGAUUGUGUGGCAAGUUAAUGUCGAGCCAGUAUUAAAGUCCAUAGGAUUGGUAAUUAAAACAUAUCACGUAUUUUUCUCAGUAUAUGAUGGAUUAUUUUUUUUGGGAAAAGUUUUUUUA